AAUCAGUCUUUGAACAGUUUUCGUGCCGUGCACUUUGUGGACGGAGAAAAGUACAAAAAAUUUUUCAAACUCGCCGUUCACUGAACACCACAGAGCGAGUGACAGAGAUAGUGCGAGUGCAAAUGCGAGUGAGUGUAUGAGAUAGCCAUAGUGAGAGAGUAAAAGCGCUACAAAAUCUCUGCGGCUGUUCGGUGAUAAUAAAAACGUGUAUGAGAAAUCGAUAAGAGCAGCAGCAGCAGCAGCUGAAGUGAAAGAAGCGCGCACACACACAAUCAUACGCACACAACAACAACACACACAUGGAUUAGUGUUGGUGUGCCUGAUGUGUAUGUGUCGUCGUCAAGUGUUAUAAAGACAUGGCAUUCGUUUGAAACAAAUUCAGUUCAAAUUAACAGAGGCUAAUACAAAGAAAUAAAAGCUUAAAAUGCACACCAAGAUGGAGAAAACAGUCGCAAAUCGUCGACAGAUGGGCGACUUCAAUGAACAGUUGAGCUGUCGCAUCUGCCUGGGCUAUAUGAUAGACCCCACCACAGUGGAUUAUUGCUAUCACACAUAUUGCCGCAGCUGCAUUUUGAAGCAUUUGCUGCGCGAUGUUUACUGUCCCCAGUGCAAGGCCAGCGGCGGCAAACAGAUCAAUGAGGAUAACCUAAGAUCCGAUGACACAUUGCGUGCCCUCAUCUAUAAAAUGGUUCCUGGACUCUAUCAGCGUGAGUGCGAGCGACUCGUUGAGUUCGAGGAACAGCACAAGGACCUCGAUUCCGACCUUGACGAUGUGCUGCAAGCCGAAAAGGAACAGGAGUUCUUUACGCCAACAGAGCCUAUAAGUUUAUCCCUAGAAUAUCAUCCAGCAAUGCUGAAACACUGCAGGGCAUCGGAUAAGCCGCCCGUCUGCUAUCUUCAGUGUCCCGCUGGUCUGCGGAUUGCGCAUCUGAAGCAGUUUCUCUGCUCCAAAUACGACAUCGAUGCGCAGAACAAACAAGUCGAGGUCGAGGUCACCUAUGAGGAUGAGGUGCUGCAGCCAAGCUUGACGUUAAUGGACAUUGGCUAUUGCUACCACUGGGAUCGGCAUGCGCCGAUGUCCUUUCAGUACAGGAUACUGCUCUAUGAGAACGAGUGCAUAAAAAACGAUGAAAACAAUUUGUCAAAGGUUAAUCAGGAUAUUGAGUCAAGACCCGCUGCUGCUGCUGCUGUGGUGACAACCACAACAACAGCAACAACAACAACAAAGAGUGCCAAGUCCGUGACCUUUGCCGAUGAGCUGGAAACGCAACCGAAUAAUCCCCCCUCGCCCACAGCAGCGCCCGCGAGUAAAACGCGCGCCAAAUCCAACUCAAAGGUCAGCAAGGGCAACAAGCGAACACCAUUGAGUCAGACGGCAAAUGAAUCCAAUGAAGAUGCCUCUCAGGCUGUGAGCAACUUCAAGAGCUUGCGCAGCAACGAUAUGCGGUACAGUGAUUACGGUGUUGCACCCACGGCGGCUCCGUUGUUGCGCGUGAAGAGCGAACCGGAACCGGAGGAACAGUCUAGCCUGGGUGUGUCCAAUAUGAACAUUGUGGUGAGCAUACCGCAAUCGCAGUUGAGUAAAUCUGCUGCCUAUGCGGAUGAGGAAGGUUUCGAGCUGAAGACGGCCAACAAAAAGUCCUCGAAUGCAGCUGUGCGCAAUUUGCCCAAGCUCAAGAUCGAGCUGAACAGCAUGAAGGCGAAACUGACGCUGCCCAAGUCAGCGGAUGCACGUCUCGAGGAUGCCGGGCAACAUAAUCAAUUGGAUUUGGAAACGUAUGCCAAGAACAUUGGCCUCAAACCCAUUGAACAGCCAGCAACACCUGGUGCAAGCGAUGCUUUGAAGUACAGUCCGAAUGCCUCGCCCAUGUCCUCGUGUUCCUCAUCCACCAAUGGCUCCAAUGGCACCGCGGAUGCCUCAACCUCAACCUCAACUUCAUCCUCGACGAACUCGACGUCAUCGUCGUCGCAUCGCAAGCGCAAAAAGAAGCACUCCAAGGAGCCAAAGGAUGCGAAUGGCAAACGCAAAAAGUUGCAUGCGGAAAUCAGUUCACAAACCGAUGGAAAAAUGAAAAUGAAAAUCACAACAACACCGCAUAAUCACAAGGCGCACAAGCUCGAUCUCAAGCGUUCGCAUUCGUUGGCUGGCGGCGAGUUGAAUGCGCUGCAGAAAGCCAACGAUUUGAAUCGCACUUUAGGAGAAGAAUCGCGCAGCAUCAGCAACCUGAUGGCGACGACUUCGGGGACAACUUCGAUGUCGACGUCGAUGACAACUUCGGGGAUAACUUCGAUGACAACUUCGAUGACAACUUCGAUGACAACUUCGGGAAUAACUUCGGGAACAACUUCGAUGACAACUUCAGUGGAGAAGCCUCAGUUGCCUGCAUCGCCGCCUUUGCCGCCGAGUUUGUUCAAAAGCUUUUCACCCGCUGGCAGUCCGCUGCCCAAGGCAGCAACACCACCUCUAGCAGCAGCAACCACUACGGCUACAACAGCAGCAAACACUCUGACAGCAGCCACAACCAAAUCGAAGCUUGUGCCCGCUCCCAAGCAACUGAAACCCACACCAACACCAACCAAUAACAAUAACAACAACAAAAGGCAACCCACUUUGACGCCCUUGCCACAGCCUGCGCCGCACUUUGCCGUGCCACAAGCGCCGCUGCGUCAGGCGCCGCAUCAAAUGCUGCGAUAUCUUUCCACGCCCAGUUCCAUAGCGAGUGCAGCCAACAAGCAGCCAAAGCGUUCGCUCUCGCUGGAUGAAUCCGCUCCAGCUUCUAGCUUGGCCAAGCAUCCGCGUCUCGACUAUCAGCAACAGCAACAGCAGCAACAACAGCAAGUGGGUGUCAAGUAUGCUGCCGCAGCAGCCAAGCUGAAGCAACAAGCGAGCGCUCAGCUGCGUCUCUACGGUCCGGAGUUGGCCAAGCCAACCAGUAUGCCGAUGCUCUCCAGCUUGAAUUUGCCGCCCAGCGGUUCGGUGACAAUAACGCCGCGACCACGCAACACACAACCGCGAGCAACCAUGGCAAAUGCAACAGCAGCCAAAGCAGCAGCAGCAGCAGCAACACAAGCUCCAAGACCAACUGCAGCUGGGAGCAACCUUAGCUAUGGCUAUGGCGAGAGUUCGCUGAGCAAUUUGCCAGCGUUGGAGAUUAUGCGACUUGGAGCAGCAGCCGCUGCGGCGGCAGCAACCAGUGCACGUUUGAUGGGACCACCGAAGCAGCCAGCGAAACGUGCUGUGGCCAUGCCGUUGCCGUUGCCACUCCCUUUGCCCCUCCCCAUGCCGCUGCCGUUGCCAAUGUCGAUGUCGAUGUCGAUGUCGAUGCCAGCGACUGUCAAGUCGCCGCCGUUGUCAGUUGCGCUGAGUGCGCAACGAGGCAACAACCACAGCAACAAUCUCGGCAACAGCAACAAUGCUGCUUAUCGCACAUCGCCGCCUGCAUUAAUAAAUCUGCGCAACACCGUUCCAGUCUCGUUUCCAUCAAAGUCAGCAACAGCAACAGCAGCAGCCAAAGCCGAGCUUAAUUCAAAGAAAUCCGCAACAGUUGCCGCAGCGGGAGCAGCAACAACUUUGACUUCGACUGGAAGCAAAGCCAAUGGCACAGCGGCUGCUGCUGCUGCUGCUGCUGCUUUGCUGGACAAGUCGAAAACGAGUUUGCGUGAUUUUCGGCCACCAACAACAACAACAGCAACAACAGCGGCAGCAGCAACAAGCUCAACAACAACCACAGCAACGACCAAGGAUGCCGACAUACUUGAUUUAUCAGCUCAGGGCACAGGACGCAACAGCACCAAAUUGGCGCCCACGUCGCCACCCGUGGGCAACAGCAACAGCAGCAGCAACAGUCUGGAGGCUGCGCUGAAUAAAAUCAAGCAAAACAUUUCCGCCAACAGCAAUUGCAGCAAUGUUGUUGCUUCAGUUGCUUCGGCUGCUUCGGCUGCUGGCGAUGAUCUACAGAAUCUGCAUAUGCUCUCCGAGUCGGCAACAGCGCGCGAAAAGAUCUCGAUAAAGGCUGGCAACAACAACAACAACACUACUACUACUGCUAACAACAGCAGCAGCAACAGCAAUACUGCAAGCAACAGCAACAUCUACGAGAAUAAGCCAAAGAAUGCGGUGGUGCGACCACAGAAUGCCUCAGUGCGCAGCAUACCCAAUCCAUCGGCGUUGGCCUUUCGCAAUCAGGCCACGCUCUUGACUAGCAACAGCAGCAGCAGCAGCAACACAUCAACAACAUCGACUACAACAAUUGCAGCAGCCAAGCCGUUGACUGUGAAAGCCGAUGAGAAGCCCAAAUUGAGCUCAGCCACAAUGUUGCUUAGCCCUAACAGCAACAGCAACAACAAUAAUAACAACAGCAGCAACAACAACAACAACAACAACAAUUGCAAUGCUGCCACAUCGCCGCGUGCCACGAAAAAGGCAACAACCAUCGAUCAAGUUGCUGCCAAUUUGAACAUACGCGCCGAGGCAAAAGCUGCCGCCCUCGCCGAGGAGGCGCCACCAGCCAGUGUGGCAAGUGUUGCUGCCGCUGCCAAAACUCCCGAAUCGGAGAAGGCAACCAAAUCGGAUGCCACGGCAACAGCGACAGCAACAGUCACAGCAACUGCAGCAACAGCAACAUCGACUGCAACUCCGACACCAACAACCACAACAACAGUUGCUGUUGCCAGCACACCUACAACACCCGCCACACUUCCCUUGGCGCUGCCCACGGCAACAGCAACAGCAACCACAAACGCUGGCAGCGUCAGCAGCGAGACGCUCUCGAAGCCGCCCGUUCAAAUCUCCGCUACCGACACUCCGGUCCCGGUGGCAAGUUCCGCUUAGUCACAAGCGUUCCUUUGGAUGUGCGGCUCGCAAAUGUAUCUGGUGGCGCCACUGGAGAGUCUGCAAAGCAGCAGCAACCAGAAUGCCAAUUGAUAACGUCUGCAAAACGCCUUCCAGUUGUAGGAGCAGCUCCCAGGUUUCCAGCUCAUCAAUUAGCACACAAAAAGGUGGCGGUAAGGGGAGCGUCGAGAGCGGUGAACCACGGUGAACAUAAAUACCUUCAUUAGAAAGCAAUAUACAAAUGAUUCGCACCUAAAAGCUAGCUUAUACCAGAUACAGCUGCAAUAAGACACAAGAUACUCGACGUAUACUUGUGAACUUGUGCUCUCAGAUACAGAUACAAAAUUCGCGCACAGAUGCAAAUAAUUGUGCAAAUAUUUGCGCUGGAAUUAGUACGCGUCGAAAUAAAUUAAAAACGUAAUGGAAAUAUGUCUGCUAAGCGACGAACAACAACAGCAACAACAACAACACAGAGAAAAAAAAGCUGACACAAAAAAUGCGAAAAUAUAAAUAAAAUAAGCACAGCAGCGACGUCUGUUGUUGUCGUUAUUGCUGCUGUUGUUGUUGUUGCUGUUUGGCAUAGCAAAAAUGCGAACGAAAAUUAAUUAUAAAAUAUCAGCAAAUAACAAAUACAGCAACAACAUUAACAACAACAGCUAAACAACAAUCACACACACGUUGAAUCGCCAACUCGUAGUACGUGUCGAUUACACUGCGCGAAAAAGAGUUCGACAAACUUCUCCUCAACCGUCGCAUACAGUAGACGCUCUCUACUCAAAAUAUGCCGACUUUUAGAUUAGUGAAUUUCUUACAUUAUAUUUAAAGAAAAAGAAUGAGAUAAAUAUUUUACUUGAUUACACUGCGCGAAAAACAUCUCAACAAAACGCCUUCUCAACUGUCGCAUUCAAUAGACGCUCACUUCUCAAAAUAUCACGACUUUUAGAUACCCUAUUAGUAAAUUUCCUACAAUAUAUUUAAAGAAAAUGCAUUGGAUAAAGUUUUUACUUGAUUACACUGCGCGAAAAACAGUUCGACAAACUCCUCUUCAACUGACGCAUUCAGUAGACGCUCAGUUCUCAAGAUAUCACGACUUUUAGAUACCCUAUUAGUGAAUUUUUGACUUUAUAUUUAAGCAAAUAAAUUAGUUAAUAUUAUAAAAACUUUAACUAAUUCAUUUGCUUUAAAUACGAUGUAAAAAAAUUCAAUAUUUGAUAAAAAAAAAAAAACUGAAACUUGUUAUAGAAAAGUCAUUCUCAAUGAAAUCUGUUUACUAUCUUAAAAUAUCUUGAAUGUUUCAUAUAUUUUGAAGUUAAAUUUUUAAAACUUUUAUAACGAUAGACGUAGACAACCAAAUUUUAACGCUCUCAUUUCUUUGUCAUUUGCUAGGGUAUCACAAAAAGCAAAAGUCUUAUCAAUUUUAAAAUCUAUAUGAGCUGAAUCUAUAUGUCUGACGCUACUACGCCAAUCAGACGUCACAAGCCAGGGUAUCAUAAAGAUAAAACUUUAUCAGAAACAGACCGUCACAGCACUCUAAAGUGAAGCCUUAUAAUCGAAAUCGAAAUUACGCUAUUUGAAAUGUAAAGUUUGAGUAUAAUGGAAAGAAGUAUCAGUUUAAACAAAACAGUUUCGAUAUGCGGGAAAUAUUAAAGAAUUGAAUGAAAUUUCUAGGGUAUUAGAAAGAUGUACGUUUAACUGGUGAAUGGAAAUUUUCAUUAAUCAUUUCAACAGUUAAUAAAGGCUUUCAAGAGAUUGGGAUAGAUCAUAGAAAACAAAAACCUUAAAAGUUCCAUGUUAAACAAGUUGUAAAGCUAGAAAGUUUUAAGAGCCAUAAAAACAGACGAGCUUCUGAAUUACGAAAACAACCAGAUCAAGUUUUUUUUUAACAAAACAGGGAAUAUUAAAUGAUGGCUUGACAAUAUAAAAAAGACAAAACCAAACUUUUUAAAAUAAAACAUUUUGAGAUUUCAAAUGUUAUAAGAUCUCUUCUAUCCAUCAUUAUCAUCCAUACAGUUUAUUACCCUAUUCAAGUGCAAUAUCAUAGCUAAAAUCUCAGUCGCUGAGAAUGUUAUAUUUGAAAGCAGAUUAGCAGCUGUAACUACCCGUUUCGGAAGCAGGUCUUUAGCAGGGUAUUUGUUGAAGAAGAGGCCAACAGAGCUGAUAACAUUAUGAACUCAAAUCGCAUAAGGAAUGCAUAAAUUAUGAUGAAUAUAAUGAGUGUUGUGAAUUGUGAAUACUGAAUGCUGAGUGGUGAAUGGAGAGUUGUGAAUCGUACGAACUGCGAGUUGUGAGUUAAUCGGAAGUGUGUCCAAGUGUGAAACGCGCACUUGGCGCAGGUUGUUGUUGAUGAAAUGAGACGCGACGCGAUGCGAGUCGAGUUCGUUUUUUGGAUUUUAGAUUUUUAGUUGUAUUUUGUUUUGGUUUUUUUGGUGGUGGUGUGUGAACAGUAGCCAACACACACACAUACAAACAUAGAGAAGUACACCCAACACACAAGUCGAAGAGCGGCACACGCACGUUCGUUGAGGCGAUAAAAUUUUAACGAUUUGCGCCGUUUGAGCUGAGCGUGUCGAGCAUAAAGAUACAAACGACAACAGCAACAACAACAACCACAACAAAUGAGAAAACAACAGCAAGAUGAUUAUAUACAAAUAUAUAUACACAUUUAUAUACCUACCUAUAGAUACUUAUAAAUAUCUUGUAGAUACUUUUCGGUAUUAGUUACGUUCAAUUGCAGCACGAACUUUGUACAUAAAUUCAAAUCGAAGCGACAAC